GGGUCAGGUGGAAGACGAGGCCUACCAGCGGCAAACGGCCGAGUUUCGGCACUGUGGUCCCUGAACUCACGAUGAAUUUGCUUGCGACAAGGAGGCCUACGAGCUGUUUGUGGCGGCGAUGGAGGAGGAGGGGCGGCCGCUCGGCCUGUGGGUGAAGCGGAUGCUUGACGAGAAGGCGCUCUACACCGACGUCAACUACUUGGAGAAGCCGGGAAGCCAGAUAUGUCCGACUUCCUCCAGCUUUAUCUCUUCUCGGAGCUUUACUUUUACUUUCCUGUUUUGUUGUCUGGGUACUGUGAUGGAACUUAAGUCUUCGUGUCAACCGCGAGAUCCUGGCAAUGCAAUCGAGCGAUGGUUCUUGGAUCUUGUGAGAUCGUGCCGCGAUCUCGCGGCGGCGGAGGCGAUCCAUUCGUGCAUUGCGUUGGCGGGACAUGCGGGAGUGUGGGUAUCGGGCGCCAGGUCUUUCAUGGCAUUCGAUCCAAGAACUGCUACUCCUGGUCGAUUCUCCUCUGCGCGUACUCGCAGAAUUGGUACCAAGGAGGUCUUUGAUGCAAGCACGAUCCCAUCUGAAUGCCAAACGCUUCUUCCAGAUCGCGCCGGCAACGAGUUUGAUCUCCUGGAACACGCUCCUGUCUGCAUUUGCCCAGUUCGGGAAUCUUUCAGGGAAUCCCUUUCAGGAGCCUUGGAAUGGGCAUAUUCCACCUGGAAGAUUCUCGGAGAAUCCAGGGUCUCUCUCACUACCCGGCCAGAUUAAAAAUGUGAUCCAGUAAGUUAUCUAGUUGAUUGUUUGCAACUCUCAAUUCUUCUUUCUUCUUCUUUAUUUCUCUGUUCUUUAGAUGGCCACCAGAGGUCUUGGAGGCCACACUGAUAGUCCAAGUAAACCGAGUGUCCGAGAAAGAAAUUAUCGUUCCUAUAUGAUCGAUCGGAGGGAAUGGUGACUGGAUACGUGAUAUAUUGUGUGAGGCUUGGAAAACUGAUGCUGCCAACGGCGGACGUGUGAGAGUUGUGCCUGGAAAGCCUCCCAUCCGGAAUCGGGAGUUCAUCAUGCUUGCCGGCGUAACAGAGCGUACUUUACCGAUGGCCGCCUGCUUAGAACAGGGAUCUCUUUGCCGAGCAACAUGAAUACGCAAAUAUCAAGGUGCGUUUGCCAAGAAUUUUCUUUUUUUUUUCGGUUGGUAACAAAGUUUACAUCAAUGCUGACUCAUUGCUGAGCAAUGUCGAAACUUGACUGACGAUACGUCCUCGUUACUGGAGAAAACUUUUUCUGCUUUAUGCUCCUCUUAGUAGAUCUUCUGAGCGCGCCAAGAUAACUAAAGCAGAUGGGAAUCGUUUGAGUGCCUGUUAUCCUUGUUACCUCUAAAAUAGUGCCAAUGGAGGUGUACAUAUCCAAUACGCUGGAUCGCAGCCCGACCUUGGAUGCUGGAUGUCCAAUCCGGUGAGACUGGCGGGUCAGGUGACCUCGGGCACCCGACCCCUCAAGGCGCGAAGGUUCAAAUUUUCGAAGUCUUCGCAAUGGAAAGAAAGAGAUCACGAAGAAUUAUUGGCGAAACAAAUCCAAGC